AUGCCUUCGAAUCUACCAUCAAGCUUCGCCUCCGCCGCCGCCGGUCAGAACGCAAACGCGAGAGCGGGACGCAGCGACCGCGGUUCGGGCAGCGGGGAAUGGGCUCGACGUGAUGCCAGAAACGGCACGCUGACCUUCCGCCGCCCCUCGACGACCCCCGGCCAAGCCUCCCAACCCGCUGCCUCAUCCGAACACGCCUUCGCCGCGUCAAACGCCGACACAGGCGCGAUCCCCCAGACCCCCGGAGCCGCCAGCUACGACUACCCGAUCUCGUCACAGUACCAGAAGGAGUCAAUCCUGGGCUUGUACAGGAACGGCACGGCGGACGCGGACCCUUCUGUCGUGAUAGAACCGGGAUGGACUCCGGGACACACAAACGGAAGCGCUGCGCGGGGUUGGGGCAAGAGCAAUAACAGCCAUAACUCUCAAGAUCCCUCAGCCUGCUGGAACCCCCGUGGUGACGGCCACCCUGUAGGAGUGAACGGCUUGACGGACGAGGAGGAAAAGGCAUUCGCAUCCGACGUCAAUUCUCCUCUGAAGCCGCCCAUCCAAAACAAGGAAGCAAACCAAGCGCCUGGAACCAACGGUCGGAAAGCGUCUCUGUCGCACGGCAGCGCCGCUGGAUACGGUCUGUCUUCUCCAGUUUCCGCUUCGAGACCGGGCACCCGACGCCGCGAGACGACAGACUCGAACCCCUUCGGCGGCGGCGCCCUUGCGUCCCCGAGUGCAGCGCGAUUCGGGGCCCGUGGCGACGAUCAGUUCUUGUUUGGGCGUAAGAAUGAUGUGAAGGAGCAGGAGCCGGACGAGGUUGAGAGCCCAGCCCGGUCCCAGGCCAAGGCCCCACCAUUCGGCGGUCUGACCCGGAGCAACACGGCUGGCGCUCCCUCGAUGGGCGCCAAUAUCAGCUCUCUCUGGAACAAUCCUGGCCAGACGUCUGCUGGUGGUGCGGGCGGUGGCGGUGGCGGUGCCUUUGGUCAAUUUGCAAUGCCGACGCCGACCUCUACCAUCGGUUCCGGCGCUCGCGGUGGAAGUCGCUUCGCUAACCUGAUCAACAAGGACGGUCCUGACAACUCUGCCAAACCGAACGAAGCCUCCGCCUCCGAUACCCAAUCCUGGCGCUCACGCCCUCGCACCGACACUGACCCCUUCGGAGGCGACGACGGCCUAUCCGGCAGCGCAGCCCUGGGUGGUGCACAAGACACGAGCCCUCCGGCCGUUCCCAACCAGAGCAACAUUGGGAUGUUUGAGACGCCCGUCAAGGGCUCGACAGGCGAUUUCGGCAUGUCUGGUUUGAAUCUUGGUCGACACUCGGAGCAGGAGCCCGGUCCCCAGAGUCCUGCCGAGACCAACCCAUACCGUAGCCCUCCCGCCGAGCGCGGUGAAUCUCACGAUGACACUGGUGCUGACAAGCAACACGGUGCGUCUAUCGGUGGGGAGCAGAACCCUGGCUUCAACUCACUGCGCGGCUUCCCCAGUCAUGCUCUCGACGGCAGUGAUCGCAGCCAGACAAGUAGCGCUGGGCCUCGCGGCUACGGCUCUGGUUGGCCUGUUCCUCUCUCAACUGGCACCCCUGACCGGGAGCGCGGUGGCUUCGGAGGAGUCUUUGGUAACUCGUUGUUUAGCCCCAUGGGUACUGAACUUCAGUCUCCAGGCUUGGCAGGCAUCAAUGCUGGGGUCUUUGGGCCCGCCAGCGCCGGCGGUCUUGGUGGAGCUGGGACUAUCGGCCGUAGCAAGCUGGGCUCACUUUUCCCACCCGCCAUGCAGGCUCAGAUGCAAAGCCAUGAGCAGGAGAAUUUGAGCGACUCCCUCCCCGACCUGCGCCAAGCCAACCCCCUGGGCGCUAUUGGCCGCAGCAACUUCUCCGCCCAACCACGCGAAACUGGUAGUCCCAUGCGCAGUGGCCGCGGCGGCAUCUUCGAGGAGAUGUUCCCUUCUGACCCGGCUCGCACGCACAGCGGCUUCGGUGGCGCUGACCUCUCUCACGCCGGAGCGGUCGGCGUAGGACACCCGCAGUCGUUUACUCCCGGGGCUUCCACCGGUGCUGACUACGGUGCUCAGCGUACCAUGGUUAUGCCUGAUCGAAUGAGAUGGGUUUACCUCGACCCUCAGCAAAACAUCCAGGGACCUUUCAGCGGCUUGGAGAUGAAUGACUGGUACAAAGCCAACUUCUUCACGCCCGAUCUUCGCGUGAAGAAGGUCGAAGAUGUCGACUUUGAGCCACUCGGACAGCUCAUCCGUAGAAUUGGAAACUCCAGAGAGCCGUUCCUUGUCCCUCAAAUUGGCAUUCCUCACGGUCCUCCCACCCAAGCCGGGCCCUUUUCUCCCAGCGGCAGCACCGGUGUCAUCCCGCCUCUCAGUGGUGUCUUCCCUAGUUUUGGCAGAACUCUAACUGCGGAGGAGCAGAACAACCUCGAGCGCAGAAAGCAGGAGGAGCAGCAGGCCAUGGCUCAGCAGCGGGACUACAUGAUGCGGCAGCAGGCCAUCACUAGAUUGCAAAGUCAGGGUCCAGGUGGUGUUCCCGGUCUUCACCAUCAGCACAGCGCUCACAGCCUGCAGAGCCAACCUAGCUUCGGCAGCAUUUCGUCUCCGAUCGGUGCUCACCCCCAUCAGCCUCCCAUUGGCGGCGGUGUUGGGCCCACUUCCGGCUUCUUCGACUCUGCCAUCCAGCAGAGCUCCGCCCAGGCCCCCGUCGGGUCUGGGCUUGAUCAUUUUCGUGAGGAAGAUCUCGCGAACCUGAAUCCUACCGAGCGCCAGAUGCUGACCAGCAUCCAAGCUCCCACCAGCCUGUCGAGCAUCUUCCCCCAGCAGCCCAUCGGCGCUCCCGCCAACGAUACCAGCCUGCGCAACAACCUGCCUGGCACCGAGGAUUUGGAGAAGGAUGAGGAGGGCUUCAGUGAGCGCCUCAAGCAGUUCGAGGAUCUCCGCGCCGAGCACGAGGCGGAGAAGGCUCAGGAGGCCCAGCACGCCGAAGAGCUAGUCGAGCAAGAGGCCCCCGCGUCAGCUUCAUCUGCUCACGCGGCGAGCCAGGAGCAGUCUCGUUCUCCCGCUCCCGGCAUGAAGGAGAUUAUGGAGGAGCAGCAACAACUCUCUUUGACUGAACAGGUCCAGAAGGCUCAGGCUGCUGCUGCCGCCGCCAAGAACGCUGCUGCGGGUCUGCCCAUGCCGUUCCCUCCCCCUCUGCCCACCGCUGGCACUCCCCUCCCGGCUCCCACGGCCCAGCGCGCCCGCUCCAACCUCCCCGAGCAGUACAACCGUUCUCAGACCGGAACUCCCGACACCGGCUCCGCCACCGAGCCUCCCCCGCUGGCUCCCUGGGCCAAGGAGGCCGCCAGUCGCAAGGGCCCUAGCUUGAAAGAAAUCCAGGAAGCCGAGGCUCGUAAGGCGGCCAAGGCUGAGGAGGUUGCCGCCGAGCGUCGUCGCCAGGUCCUCGAACAAGAGACCGCCGCUCUCAGAGAGCGUGAGAAGGCUAUUGCUGCUGCCACUGGAGGCCUGCCCACAACUAGCACUUGGGGCAACGGGUCACCGGUUUCAGCCGCUAGCCCCUGGACCAAGCCGGCCGCCACCAAGGCUACCCCCGGAGCCAGCACGCCCAGCAAGCAGAAGACCCUGGCUGACAUUCAGAGAGAGGAGGAGCUUCGCAAGGUCAAGGCCAAGGAGAUCGCUGUCCAGACCGGCCUGGCGACUGCAGCUGCGGGUAAGCGCUACGCCGAUCUCGCUACGAAGCCCAAUGCCGCUCCUGGCCUCCCGCAGCCUGCCGGCACUGCCCCCCCUCCUGGAAGCGGCUGGGCUACCGUCGGAGCCGGCGGCAAGGUCAAGGUGCCCACCGGUCCUGCCGCGCAGACCCGCUCCGUCAGCGCUGCUGGUGGCAAGACUACCCCGGUGAUUGCGAAGCCUGUAGUCAAGCCCGUUGCUGCUCCCAUCGCGGCUCCCGCUAAGACCGAUGUCGCCAUGGACGAGUUCAACAAGUGGCUCAGCCGCGAGCUGUCUAGGGGAAUCACUGGUGUUGACAUUGAUGUUUUCGCCGCUGGUCUGCUCAUUCUGCCUCUUGAGCACGCCCUCAUUGCCGACGCCAUCUAUUCUAGCUCGAAGACGAUGAACGGACAGCACUUCGCCGAUGAGUUUAUCAGACGCAAGAGGCUCGCCGACAAGGGCAUCGUGGAGAAGCAGAUGUCUGGCGACAGUAAGGCUGGAGGCUCUUCCAGCGGAUGGAAUGAGGUUGCCAAGAAGGGCGGCCACAAGGAGCCCGCCCCUGCCGGCGACGCCGCCAUCCAGGGCGCCGGCUUCAAGGUUGUUCCCACGCGCAAGAAGACGGGCAAGAAGGUCUAG